GUUGUUCACAUUUAGAUUAGUUCAUAUUUCGUUCGAAAUAUAUUUUAUAAUAUUUUUUUAUAAAUAAUACUAAAUGACAUUAUACGAGAAAAAUUCAAAAAGUUUUGCUGAAAAGCAUGUAUUAUUUACAUCUAUACUUGCAGGAGCUAGUGCAGGUAUAUGUGUGGAUACUGUUUUGUUUCCUUUAGAUACCAUUAAAACUAGAUUACAAAGUCAAUAUGGAUUUUUACAAUCAGGUGGUUUUAAAGGACUUUAUCGUGGUUUAUAUCCUGUAUUGAUUGGUUCUACGCCAACCGCUGCAUUAUUUUUUGUUACUUAUGAAAAUAUAAAAGUAUAUACUAAACCUUUGGUAUCUAAAAGGUAUCAUUCUUUAAUACAUAUGGGGGCAGCAUCCCUAUCGGAAAUGGUAGCAUGUAUAGUACGCGUACCUGUAGAAGUUAUGAAACAAAGGAAACAGGCUUUGUUAUUAGAUAAGGGCAAUUUCAGUAUAAAACUUUUAUACCGUGGUUAUUGGAGUACCGUAUUAAGAGAUAUGCCAUUUAGUUUAAUACAAUUUCCAUUAUGGGAAUAUUUAAAAAAUAUUUGGUCUCUUUACGUCAAAAGAGAUAUAUAUCCUAUUGAAAGUGCAAUAUGUGGAUCAUUGGGAGGAGCUUUCUCAGCAGCUGUAACAACUCCAUUGGAUGUUGCAAAGACAAGAAUAAUGUUAGCUAAUAAAAUGAUACAAAGUUCCGAAUUGAAAUUAUCUACAACAUUACGUUCAAUAUAUAUCGAGAAAGGCAUAAAUGGCCUUUUCGCAGGUGUCGGUUAUAGAGUAAUGUGGAUUAGCAUAGGUGGUUUUAUAUUUUUUGGAGUAUACGAAGAGGCAAAAUUAUUAACAUUAAAUGCGUUAGCAUUUAUGACUAAAGAGAAAAAGGAACGUAUAAUUAUUUCCAGCUAAUAUGGUUAGUAUAAAAAAAAAAAAAAAAAAAAAAAGAAAAA